GUGCUCGCGUGUGGCGCGCGUGACGUUUGUUGGAUUAGUGCUACUGUUUUAUUUUUAUUGGAUGGACUUUGUAUUGGGUUUUUGUUUUUAUUUGGUCCUUAAUUUUUGUGUUAGUGAUUCAUUGUGUUGUGUCCUUGUUUGGUUCGCGUUUGUCUUUUCCCUAAUGAAUUGAGUAUCGUACAAGAUGCCCGUAUUUCACACGAAGAUAAUCGAAAGUAUUUUAGAGCCGGUUGCUCAACAGGUUUCCCGUCUAGUGAUCCUUCAUGAAGAGGCAGAAGAUGGAAACGCGAUGCCGGACCUGGCACGGCCAGUGCAGGCCGUGUCACUUGCCGUCAACAAUCUCGUGAAGGUGGGCCAUGAGACUAUUGAGUCGUCAGACGAUCCAAUCCUGCGUGGUGAUAUGCCUGGCGCCUUACGGCGUGUGGAAGGCGCCGCGACACUUCUCCAACAGGCCUCUGACAUGUUAAGGGCCGACCCGUAUUCGGGACCUGCCAGGAAGAAGCUGAUCGAAGGAUCUCGAGGUAUUCUUCAAGGUACAUCGGCGCUUUUGUUGUGCUUCGACGAGUCGGAAGUUAGGAAGAUCGUAAAAGAAUGCAAAAAGGUGUUAGACUACUUGGGCGUGGCUGAAGUGAUAGAUACUAUGGAGGAUCUAGUACAGUUCCUGAGGGACAUAUCACCAGCGCUUUCGAAAGCAGCAAGAGAGGUAGCAGCCCGCGCCGCGGAACUAACGCAUCCUCCACACGCGGAAACUUUGACUCGCUGCCUGGAGAGUGUCAAAAAGUUGGCUCCAGUCCUUAUCUGCUCAAUGAAGAUAUACAUCCAUAUACUCUCUGAAGGUGGCAAGGGUAUAGAAGACGCAUCAGAGAACAGAAACUAUUUAGCAAAACGCAUGGCGGAUGAAAUUCACGAGAUUAUUAGGGUGUUACAACUUACGUCCUACGUAGAGGAUGGCGGAGAGAAGGACAAUAUCGCAGUAUUGAAGGCGUUGCAAUCCAUGAUACAUAACAAGGCGGGAGCUGCGCACGAGUUUCUUAAUGAUCCCGAAGCCCUCCGUAAUACAGUGGGUGAGCGUGCAUUGCGCUCCGUAUUGACGUCGGGACAACGUGCCGCUGAACAUCUCACUCCCGCCCACGCUGAGACUCUUAGAUCUACUGUCAGGUCUGGUGGUAUCAAUGCUGAUAUACUGUGUGAUGAGAGACAAUUCGGGCGAGGCAAGGAACCUAAGGCACUAAAACUAGCCUCAGAUCUGGGCAAUCAGCUUGAUGAGGUAGAAGGUGUGGUCAAUGAAGGAGUAAGGGCCGUCGAGCAACAAGGCGGGAAGACGAUACAGGCCAGAUUAGAAGCAGCUCACAAAUGGUUACUUCACCCGGCGGCCGAACCUGCUACCCGUCUUGAAGGACAGAAGGCUAUUAGCAGCAUUGUGGCCCAGGGACAUACUAUUGCCGAUAACCUGCACGGACGAGAGAAAGCGGAAAUAAUGCAGCUCUGCUCCGAGGUGCAACGUUUGUCUGACAAGCUGUCUGAUCUGUGUAUGCGCGGACGCGGCGACUCAGAUGAAGCCAGGGCAGUUACUAGGGAGUUGACGGACAAAUUGCAUGAGUUAAAACGCGGGUUGGAUCGUGCUGUCGUCAAUCGGGUAGUCGAGGACUUCAUAGAUGUCGCUGCACCUCUCAGACACUUUACAGAUGCUGUUAACGCUCCAUUAGGAACCCCGGGCCGCGAGCUGAAGUUUGAAGAGAAGGCGAAUGCCUUGCAAGCGUUUAGCGGGAAGGCUGCUGCCGCUGCAGAUAUGGUGGCUGCUGGCGUGCGCCAUAAUAAGAAACUAGCUGAUAUGUUGCACCAUAAUGCUAAAGAGGUCGAAAAACUUUCGCCGCAACUGAUUUGCGCAGGAAAAAUUCGUCUACAUUAUCCCGAAAGCAAGGUCGCAGAAGAACAUUUCAACAACUUAAAGAAUCAGUACGCGGACGCAGUGUUGCGCUGCAGAGAUCUUUGUGACCAAGCACUUGACCCACUCGACUUUGUACGGACUGCGGGUGAGCUGAUGCAGAAACACACAUAUUUAUGUGAAGACGCUAUCCGUAACAACGACUCGCAGAAAAUGGUCGACAACACAUCCGCUAUCGCUAGGCUGGCGAAUCGCGUACUUCUCGUGGGUGGAGCCGAGCGCGAGAAUACUGAAGACAGUGAGUUCGCUCUAGCUUUGGGCGCUGCCCAGCAACGCCUACAAGCCAGCAUUCCGCCCGCCGUAAGACAAGCGAAACUAGUCGCUCUACAAGACAGAAGCGCUGUUCCCGCUUGGAGAGCUGCUAAUAAUGAGAUUAUAAAAGCGUCCAAUGGCGUAGAAGAAGCCCUAGCCCGGCAGUAUGGGCCUCCGCCACCGCCACCGGCAUUGCCGGAGUCGUUCGCUGCCCUCCGUGUCAACGUACGAGAGGCCGCGCCACCCAGGCCUCCGCCGCCAGCUGUCUCUGCACCACCCAGGCCUCCGCCUCCAGACACCGACGACGAAGGAGAGGAUAUCUUUGAUAGGCAGCCCCAUCCUAGUCAGCCUAUUUUGGUGGCAGCCCACAACUUGCACCGCGCAGUUCGAGAAUGGUCUUCAAAGGACAAUGAGAUCAUCGCAGCUGCAAAGCGAAUGGCUAUUCUCAUGGCGCGACUCUCAGACCUUGUACGAUCAGACUCCAAGGGUAGUAAACGUGAACUGAUCGCCACCGCUAAAGCUAUCGCUGAGGCUUCAGAGGAGGUGACUAGACUGGCGAAGAAACUUGCCCUCGAGUGUACUGACAAGCGAAUUCGAACCAACCUGCUGCAAGUUUGCGAGCGUAUCCCAACCAUCGGCACUCAAUUAAAGAUCUUGUCCACCGUCAAGGCUACUAUGCUUGGAGCACAAGGUAGCGAAGAAGACCAAGAGGCGACUGAAAUGUUGGUUGGAAACGCACAAAAUCUCAUGCAAAGUGUAAAGGAAACAGUGAAGGCAGCUGAAGGCGCUUCAAUAAAAAUUCGCACAGAGCAAGGCGCCUACAGACUUCGUUGGGUGCGCCGUUCGCCAUGGUACCAGAUUUAAACAAACAGAAUCGGGUAGAAACCAUUUUUAUCUAAUAAUAAUGCAUCUUAUAUUGUAUUUAUAAAUUAAUACUCCACAAAUAACCAACUAUAUACUCUAUGUUCAAAAGCAUUGUACACAAUAUUUCACUCGGUGCUAUAUUUGGUUUUACAAAGAAACGUGUGAUUAUGAAAUUGAAAGUGCCAUUUUAAUGUGCUUUAUAGGUGUAAGAUAUAAGCGUACCCUAAGCACGGAUAAUACGAAAAAACCUUAAUAUUUCAGCACUUCGUAAGAAUAUUUUCAAAACAUAUAAAUAUGAUGAAUAUUCAGUAUUUGACUUGGAAGUAAUACUAUUUGUAUGGAAUACGUAUAUAUUUCGGAAUAGGGUUGGAGAUCAGAAUUAAAACACGAGAUACAGUAAUAUCAUAUUAGAUAUCAAUAAUUUAACCAAUUUUUAAUAAUAGUUAAUGUGUAGAUAAUUUUACAAUUUUGGUAAGAAAUAUCUUCUAAAACUUUAUAUCAUUGUUAUAUUACAUUAAACCAUUAAUGUAGUACACUGACUAGCAGUGAGGGAAACAAAGACAAUGCGUGCAGAGACAGCGCUCGAUAACGCUGUCCUUGUACCGACUACCAACUACCGCCGACAUAUACGCUAAUUACUGUCCUUUUCGUGUUGGAGUAUACAAAUACUGAAUAACACUAUCGUAUUUCGUGCUUAGGGUACUGGUCUGUGUAAUGAAUGGAUUAUAUAUUAUACGGAAAUAACGAUAACAAAUAUAUAAAGAAUUGUCAAAUAUCGUAAAUGAUUUAUGAUUUUAUAAUGAUUUUACCAAAUUUAAAGAAAUUUUAUAGAGCUCAUGGUGUACAUCAUAUACGUGAGACGGUGUGCGGGUACGACGAAUUCGACGUAUGGUUGUUCAAUUAUUUUGUACCUACCCACCUGUGUGGUAACUAAGACUACCGGAUUUUGCGUACAUGGAAUAUAAGUUCUUCAGAUCAUGUAAUUGGUCUUGAGCAGUAUACUGUAGAUACAUAUAUUUGUUAUAUGAUGAUUUUAUAUUGGGCAUCAUUUAGAUUGACAUAUUAUAGUAGUAUAAAAUUGGAUUGUCCAUUUUUAGUAUAUUUUAUUAAUGUUGUAGGUACUCAUUUUAGUGGCGAGGUUCGCUGAUAUAUAAAUUCUUUAAACUGAAUACAAACUAAAACUAAGUCUCAAAGUCUCACUUCGGUAUAACAUUUUUCACACCCUACUUAUGUGUAAUCUCUAUUUCUGAGCUUUUAGUAUAAACUAUAAAUAAUCCUUUCCAAAUAAAUAAUGGCCUUAAAAGUAUCUAGUAUCUACAUUAUUAGAUUUUUUAUACAUCUUAGUAGUAAUCUUUAAUCCUGUCCUUCGAAACUGAGCAUAUAUUAUAUGUCGCAGCCAACUAGCUUAAUUAGCCGUUUAACUAACGGCCUGAGAGGGUCAGCCGUAGCGUUUGUUACAUUUAGGGCCUGUUUCACAAUGUCCGGAUAAGUUCCAAAUAAGCUAUUUAUUACUUAUUGGUAGGAUAAAUAGUAUUUUUGCGUUUCCGAUGAUCAGAUAGUGCUAUACGUCAUGAAAUGCGAAGUAUCUUAUUGGGAACUUUUAUCUUACAAAUAAUUUAUGUGUUGCAUAGCUAUUUGGCACUUUAACCAUACAUUGUGAAACAGGCCCUUAAUAAACUGGCUGGCUAUUGCGUAGGCGUACGAUGGAUACUUUAUUUGGCAGAAAUAACAAAGGUGUAACACAUGACUGACAAAAUAUUUAUUUUAAAUUAAAUUGCUUGAGUCAAAUUCACAUCAUUAUUUCACUACACUCUUCUAUUGUAUUUGUUGUUUUUCAUGAAAUUUAGGAAAACACCAUCAAAGUUGUGGUAUGCCGAUGCCAUAUUAACAGAUUGAAGAGUUCCGUUUCGAGUUUCAUAGUGGCAGAAAGUGUAAGUAAAUUUAAAUUAACAGUCAACAGUCUAGGCAAUAAUGAAACGCCAUCGAUCAAUCGAUCGAUCAAAGUCAUAUGCCUAGCUGUUUAAUUGAAUGACUGAAUAUCUUUCAGGCAGUUAGUUAAACGGCUAGGCUGUUAAUUGAACGGCUAAUUAAGCUAGUUGGCUGCGACAUAUACAUCAUAAUCAGCGCAAUCUAGAGUGUAUCUAAUAUCUAAAUUGUAAUCUAUAUUUUUAUAACUAAAUAAUGUAUUUUUCAUCUCAUAUUUAAUCUUUAAGAGUUGUGAGGAAGUAUUUAUAAGCAAUAAUUGUGACUAAGUAUUAAAUCUAAUGUAGGUUGUUAUUGAGUGUCUUGUGCGCUUAACUAAAACAAACGCGUGAUUUUUAAAUAUAAAACGCCACAGUGAAUUUAUUUAAAUUCGAUUUUUUGUAUUACGAUGAAUUAAAAUAUAAAUAUAUUCUUUAUAUUUUAAUUACAAUACAUAAUGCAAUACAUAUGGCUAGAAAAUCAGAGUAUUUUACUUCUAUUUCAUAGUAGGCCGUGGUGUGAUUUUCAUGAAAAUGUAUUGGAUAUAUUGGCCUUAAAUCCCCUAUCGGAUUAAAACUUGCCUAACUUUUUUAGAGAAUUUGCAAGAUGGAUUAAGGUGGCUUAUUGAAUUGUAUGUAAAAUGGAAUUCAUAUUUUACACAAAUAGUAUAGUAUAACCUUGUGUACACUUGACUUUUUUUUAUUUGCAUACCUUUUACCUUUGUUACUUACAAUUGUUUUUUUAUUUAUUGUAAUAAAGCUUCUUUUACAA